AUGGGACCUCUCCCAUCGUGGAUCACCCCGCCACUCCAGCUCGCCGCGAUCCCCUCGCAAGGCUCUUCUGAUACACGCCCUCCUCCUCACUUCCUCAAUCGCCGCUCCAGUACCAUCUCCAUACCAGCGACUUACGGCGGCCUCAACUCCGGCCCUGCACCGGGAACCGUUGCGGGGAUCGUGAUCGGCUCCGUCGCAGGAUUCAUCCUAUUCAUCUACCUCCUCUACCUCGUUAUAGGACCCAAGGGACCCCCCGCCGUCGUUGAUGAAGAGGUCGUCGUCCGUCGCGGCGGCGGCGGCGGCCACCCGCCCUCCCGCCGCAGCAGUCGAAGGCACAAUCAUAACGACGACACCGUCGUCGUUGUCGAGGACGAAAUGAGCGAAGCCUCCGCCGGCGGCCGGUACAGACGUGAAGAGGAUAGAAUCGUGGUCGACGAGUCGGUCUCCUCGCACAUACACACAGAAGACGAAUUCGUCGAGGUCAUCGAGCAGCAUUCGUCGAUCGCGUCACCAACGCCGCCACCGCGGAGACCUGGAGGGCGGUCGUAUCGAAGGGUGGAUCCGAAUGAGUUCGGGGGGGGCGACUCAGAGCUGAGCAGUCACUAUUAG